AUGCCGCCCCGAAUACCGCUUGGACUGCGGCAGUCUGCCGCAGUCUGUCCUGGAGCCGCUGCACGAACACCAGCAGCAGCUACCAUCCCAGCUGCUGCUCUGAUCCACGCUCGUCAUGCCUCAGCAGUCACGCCUGCCGCAUCUCACGAGCAAAUGACAGUGUCUCCUCCUCCUAUUGCGCGGUACCCGACGACACAGCCGCCGUCGCACAAGCCGCCGGAGUUCCGCAAAUCGCAACUACACCGACAGUACACAUCUCUCCUCCGCUCGACUCCUUUGAUGCUGCUAUUCCAGCACAACAACGUCAAAGCCAGCGAAUGGACCGGUAUCCGGCGAGAGCUGGCCGCUGCGUUGCGCAAAGCUGACGCCACUAUCCCUGAGGGAUCCGCCGACGCAGACCUUGCUUCGGGGAUUAAAUUCCAGAUUGUGCAAACCGGCAUAUUUGCCUCGGCGUUGCAGGUCGCCGAAUACUUUCACCCGGAGCAGCAACAACAAUCUGCCACUUCAUCAUCAACCACCUCCGCCGCCAAUAUUCCCAACGCCACCCCUGACCCCACCGACCCGGCUUACACCCACGCUCUGUCCCGGCACGCCUGGGAAGCCACGCAAAAUAACAAACUCAGCCACGCUCUGACGCCGCUCAUGUCGGGCCCUCUCGCGGUCCUUACCUUCCCGAACGUGUCCCCCGUGCACCUCAAGGCCGCCCUGGAAAUCCUCUGGCCCAGCAAGCCCAACUUCCCGGCCCCCACGCGACGGGUUAACCCCGGCUACCACGAACCCGCAGUGCACAGCGGUCUUCAGAAGCUCCUCCUCCUGGGCGCCCGAGUCGAGGGCAAGGUCUUUGACGAGGCCGGCGCCAAGUGGGUUGGCACCAUUGGCGGCGGCCUCGACGGCCUCCGCAACCAGCUCGUGUACAUGCUCCAAGGCUUCGGCGCGGGCUUGACGAAUACUCUUGAGAGCGCUAGCAAGAGUCUGUACUUUACCAUUGAGGGCAGAAGGACCAUGCUCGAGGACGAGGAGAAAGGAGGUGAGAAGAAGGACGGUGAGGAGUCUGCAUAG